AAACAUUUGCAAAAAUGGAAUCUAUUAAUUUCAAUGACUUCAGUCCGGGCGAACGACAUGAAAUCAUUAGUGCCUUUCUUAAAAAAAUGCGCAGAAUUAACUCAAUGGAGAGCGCACAACGUUUUAUGGAGCACUAUUUGAAAAGUUUCUACAAAAUACCCGUAAAGAUGCUCGAAGACAUUGUUUACGUGCAGCGGGCUAUGCGAGCCUUCUUGUAUGUUCACCAGACAAUAUCUAGAGUGUGCGGUGGAGAAGUCACAUCAAACCCGGUCAAGACUAAAUAUCUUGUGGAAAUUGAGGAUGAGCUAUACGAGAUAAAUGCAGAGUGUCAAUAUUUAAUGCUGCGCCUGGAGGAUGAUAUUCAACGUUUUUGCUUGCCUUUUACAGAGCAGCAGCUGCACCCAAAACCACAACUAAUUAAUCUAAUCAUUUCGGAGUCGCUUACGCCAAAAAUAUGCAGUAGUUUUCAUAUGGAUAAGCCACAUCUUGUGUUGGAGCGUCUCACGCAACAACAGUUAAUGGACAAGUACUUCACUGUCAGCGAUGAAAAGCAUGAAACAUUAGAACAGCAGCAGAGGCAGCAAAAUUGCAAGCCAAAGAAGCCAGCUGCUGCAAAGGAAGUCUCAAAUGCAGCCCGCAUUAAGAACGAUGCGGUUAAUGCCAGUCGCCUUCACUUGCAGGCGGCCCUAAAUCGAGCGCGCUUAAAGCAGCAUGCGAAUGCAAAAGCAGAUGAAAAGACGGUUAGUCCCAAGGAGGUUUUCCUGGAACAGCUUGGCCUUUGCACAAAGACUAAGCAUUCCACUUUGCGCCAAACAAUGGACAGCAAACGCAAACCAAUGCUGACCCGCACACAAAAGUAAUUUAACUAUUUUUACUAUAGAUGUAAGCAGCAUGAAAACUAAUUAUGAAGUUUGUUCCACAUUAGUAGUAUGAAAACUAAUUAUUAAGUUUGUGAAACAUUUGACAAAUCUGCAGUUAAACUUGACGCGACUGCGAGUUAAGCUUUAUGUAAGCAUAUUUAAUUUAGAUGAUUACAAACGAAUGGAUUAUUUUU